AGUCUGUGGUCUGGUGCACAGUCACUACAGACAUCGAGCCAGAUACCGAGCUCCUGGUGAGCCAUCGGUACUCAAAUGACGUCACACCUCCUCGAGAAUCUUCCAGCAGCCCGGAAGGUUAUCAGUCGCACACACAUUCCAAAAACCUCUUUAGGAAGAACAAAGCCAAUCGAAUAAAAUGCCGGGAAAGAGAUGAAAGUCGUAGUACACCGAAAGACGAUGCAUUUAAUGACGUGAGGGAGGAUACCGAAGAUAGAAAAAUUACGGACCCAAAUUCUACCCAAGAACGGAGAAGUCCCUACUAUUUUGGUGAAAAUGAAAAGAUAUAUAACGGUGGAGUUGUCAGUGAAUCUACUCUCAGACUUCAGCCCACAAGCCCAGUUUCGCCUCCCGCUGCUGUCGUUUCCCCUAAAAACCUAGUCCAAAAGCGUGAAAUUUUGCCAGUCGACAGCCCUACAAAUGAUACAAUCGGUGCACCAUACCUCAACGGUUGCAACUACCCACCUGCGUUUCCUUACGGUUCUCAAGCAGUGGGAUCGAGUAUAGAAGGUCUUUUCAAAUGCGAAACUUGCGAAGUAUCCUUCAGCAGUCGACGAGUAUUAGAAGUGCAUCAAACGUAUUAUUGUCAAGGAAAACAAUCUGGACAUGUAGCGAGCUCAGACACCGAUACGGAAGAUGCGAUCAAAGAUAAAACAGAUUCGACACUUGUUGGAAGUCCUACUGUUUCCGAAGAUGGGGACAGCCAAGUUUCUAAAGACAUAACCAGUGCUAAGGCAUCCCAGCCAGAAGCUUCACAAAAUGAAGACUCGGUGGUCUUUGGAAAGAGGAGGAGGACCAUCUCUUUCAACGAUUCUAAUUCGGGGUCUUCCAAGUCGUCAAGACUUUUUAAAUGUCCGUAUUGCAGUUAUUCUUCAGAUAAGAAAGCUAGUCUCACCAGGCAUGUGCGAAUGCACGGGACAUCUCCCAGCGUAGAUGGACACUGCGAAAUACCCGUGGCUACACCUCCCAUGGCACGCUAUUGCGCAAAUUGUGAUAUACAGUUCGCCUCAUACAAGAACUAUCAGGUACACAAAGAGUAUUAUUGCAAUACACGCCAUGUUCACAAAUCCAUUGCUUCAUCCCCAUCACCUAAUGUAAGUGUUCAACCGCAACAAAAUCAACAACAGUUGACAUCCUCGUCUCAUUCCUCCCAGCCAAGAUCACCAGAAAAUGCAUCCGGUCAGUCUGACACAAAUGCGAAGGGUUAUAACAGUAUGGUUUUGAAUCAACCGUUGUACGCUGCCAUAUCUACAAGCCCUCUCAUUCUAGUACCAUGCUCCUACGUUGCGGGUGGUGGACUGUCUCCAGCAGCUGGUUUGAUACCAGCCGGAAACAUUAUCAUACCAAAUCCAUCAUCUUCCCCUGAUGCGAAUUCCGAGGCCCAAGGUCCAAAUGUGAUUCCAACUUACACAGUAAUGCCCGGUUCUGCUACAGAUUUGAACACGGUCCCGUCCCCAAGUGCGGCAGAGGAUGGGACCAAAGAUGACGCAAAAUUGCCAAAGACUCCCAAGGAUAAAGAGCCGAAGUUAGAACCACCUAAAAGUCCGAAAGAAAGAAGUAAAGAGGACACCGAGAAACCACUGGAUUUGAGCUUUAGGAAACGGGAUGCAGAUGCGAAACCUAGUUCUGGAAAGGUAGCAACAGAUUCAGUGGUACCCAGUUCAGCCUUCACAUCGACUUCUUCAUCAGCCUCAUCCUCCAGUGAAGAAAACAGUGUCUCAAUGACUCCUGCACCAUCAUUGCCAAUAUUACCUCUCAUCAAUCCGGCUAUGGAUUUGAACAUCAUCAGUAGAGCUCAACUGCAAGGUUUAGAUCCCGCUGCGCCCACGUUGCCUCCUGUAUUAGCACCGCCUCAAAUGCUAGUUAAGCAGGGAACCAGCAAAUGCAAAGAAUGCAAUAUAGUAUUUUACAAACAUGAAAAUUAUUUGGUUCACAAAAAUCAAUACUGCGCUGCACGAGGUGUAAAGCGGGACGGUGGGUCUCCUGAGAGAGUGAAAAAUGACGAAAGUGACUCAAUGGAUCGGGAAGAAACAGCUACUCGAUCAUCUCAGAAGAGCCCCAUAUCAUCCCCUCGCCUCAACAAUUUAAGAACACCUCCAGCUCCGGAAAGCAAUGAUCCGAGUGAAACAUCUUCCAAUCCAUCUCAUGCGCCACCUGUAUUUCAAUAUUAUUGCGUAGCAUGUGGUAUUAAAUAUACUUCCAUCGACAAUUUGAGAGCGCACCAGCUGUAUUAUUGCCCGAAGCGGGAUAUGAAUUCAACUCAAACCCUAGCGUUAGUGCCCUCUUUCCCUCGCAAUACGCAUGAAUUCAAAUGCAGUAAAUGCAAAAACGCUUAUCCAACGGAAGAUUUGCUGAAGCAACAUCCGUGCGUUGUUCAAAGAAAAUGCCCCUACUGUGAUGUCUACUGUCCGACGCUGAGCGCCGCCCAGAGACAUCUUGUUACACAUACGGGAAUAAAAUCUUUUAAAUGUUCAUUGUGCGGGUACAAGGGUCAUACCUUACGCGGCAUGAGGACUCAUAUUCGGAUUCACCUUGAUAAAAAUAGCUCCACCCCUGAAGAAGCUUACAUACUUUGUAUGGAUGAAGGCGGGGCCGAAAUUGGCUGUGCCAGCAGGAAAUCAUCAGGUGUACGGGUGAAUUCCGAGAGAAUUAAGUCCGUCAUCAGUACGGAGCCUCCCCACGGUGAAAUAGCAAUGGCCGUGAGCCCUAUAUCGGGUCCUUCUCCAAAUGUGGUACCUUCUGAUAUUGUUGCUAUAAAAGCAGUUCCAGAUGACCCAGUUGCCACCGGUGACACAACCCACUGGUGUCAGAUAUGCGGGUACUCUUCUUCUUACAAGGGAAAUGUGGUUCGGCAUGUGAAACUUGUUCACAAAGACUUAAUAUCGACACAGACAAUGUCUAACAUUGUUAAUAGUCGACCUAGUGUUGAUAAUUCAAUUAAACCUAAUGAACCUCUAGAACACCCCAGUCGUGGCACUCCUCAAGAAAGUCUGCUGUCAGCCGGGGAUCACAGCAAUAGUUCUUCGAGUAUGGACGUCAAACCAAUGAUAAAUGGUAUUGUUAAUAAGACAGAACAGCACUUACGACUCGAAGAUAAACCGCUGAUGUUGAAAACAGAGGCAGUAUCUCCUCCACCUCCAUCUGGUGGUGGAAGUACGUCUAAAGGUAUCAAACGACCUCUACCAGAAGAUGGGCAGUGCCCCACCGGGGCAUUCAAAACGGGACCAAAGUACUGCAAAUCAUGUGACAUAUCGUUCAAUUACCUUUCUAAUUUCCUUGCACAUAAAAAAUUUUAUUGCACGCCUCGGCCAGGUGAAGUUUCAAACCAAGAAUCGACAUCAGUGCAAUCUGUACAGUAGUAUGAUAUGUAGAAUUAAUUUUUGUUUGAAAAAAGAUUGUAAUUUGAAUGAUGCUUCUCAAAACAUACAUUUAAAAUGGUGCAAUUGAAGUACUGAGUGAGAUGUAAAAAUUCCGACAGCGAUUGGUAUCUCAGGCAAUGUUAGAUGUAUUAUCAUUUUUAAAACAUAUACGUAUCAGAGCAAAAACAUAUAUUUGGAAAUUAUUAGUUUCCAUCGAAGGAUUGGGUUCCUUGCUGACUCUGCAAUGCAGUUCAAUACUUCACCUCGUUACACUUCAACCUCUUCCUUGCUUUCUAUCUUAAACUGUGUGAAUUUGCGCAUGUUUACCUUUCACCUGGGAAAACACUUUGUUACCAAGUUAACAAUCAUAAUUAAAUGCUUUCUAUCGCAAGAAAUAUUUUUAUUUGCCCAAGAAAUCGCAUUGUUAUUUGAAUAUAACUUUCAUUUUCAUGUAGAAUGCAAUAUUUAGCUACACAAUUUUAUUAAAUCUGUGCAAUUGUUUUUUUGAACUGUUAACAAAUUUUUUAGUUGUUAGGUCAGUGGAUUUUUAAUUAAGUUAUUGUAGAAUAUAAUUUUAAGUCUCAUUUCGAUCCAAAUUUUAUCCAAAAAUUAGUAAAUGUUAAUUUAUGUGAAAGUAAACAAUAUUGUUUGAAAAAUAUUUCUGAGGUUUAGAUUUGAUUGAUUAGACUUGCAGUAAAUUUUGAUUAUUCAAUGCUUUUAAUAAAAAAAUAUGGAGAGAACAUAAAUUUGCUCGAAUAUAGCCUCUUGCAGAAGGCUGAUUUUACGAUUUUCUAGUAAUUCAAUUAAAUUUUUCUUUCAGCCUGGUGUUCUGUUAAUAUAAAAAAAAUAUAAUACUUACUUUCACUUUUGCACGUUUCAAAAUAUAUUUACUUAUUCUACAUAUGAGUUGAAUUUUACAUGUAAAGGCAAUGUACAGCGUUACAGAAUAAUUACUGCAGUAUAAUUUGACAAUUUUAAAAUUGCGUAAAAAUAAUUUUAAAAUUAGAUAAGUGUACCUUAUAAUAUUAUUACGCUUUUAUUAUAUAUUUAAGAAGUUGUUCAAUAAUUUUAAUGUUUUUUAGUUCACAAAUCUAGCUAAUGGGUAUUCUUUUACAGUAUCCAUUGAAGAGAUGUUAAGUAUGGGGAAUAUUCAUGUUUUCAACAAAUAAAUAAAUCAUACAAGCAAAUAUUUUAUCAAAAUUUUGAGAGUGAAGCAGAAGAAGAAAAUAGAAAUACUUUAUAUUGAAGUACAUUAGCAAUUUUUAUAGACUUAUAGCUCCUACUUAAAUGAAGAACAAAAUAAGAUAGACUUCAAGACUAUGACAAUUUUGGUCAUGUGAUCAAUUAAAUAAAAACACACGAACUCCAAAUUUUUGCAUUUGCCCUACAGGAAGACACCAUCCAUGAAAAACAUCUACUUUUAUAGCUGAAUUAUCAUAUUUAUAUAUAUUAAUAUGAUAAGUAGGCCUUUCUCUCUCACUCUCUUUAUAUAUAUAUAUAGAGAGAGAGAGAGAUACACACACAUAUAUAUAUAUAUAUAUAUAAUACAAAUACAUUUGCAUAUACACUCGCGUACAUAUAUAUGAUUCUUUUUUAUAUAGUAUUUAAGUGAUUUUAUUCAUAAAAUUCUGUUCCCUUUUGUGACAGCAAAUUUUGAUAAUAACAUGACAACUCCUAAAGGGUUUUAAUAGGAAAACGUAUUAAUUAUAACUUUCUUCAUAGAGGGAAGGAAGAAACUAAAUUACGUAUAUUUACUAAUUAAAAUUAUAUUAUAUUUUUGCAAAAUGAUGUCAGAUGACUAAACCUGUCAUAGCUUGAACGUCUACUUCUUUAAUUCGCUUCAUAAAUUGGCAUUAUAGUUCUAUAACAAACUGUAGUUGAACUGAAGUUUAAAAUUAAUGGUAAACUGAGAAGUCGAAAUUUAUAUGAGAAAAAAAUUCAAGUAAUCGAAAAUUUGGGUUAGACUUUAGUCAAUUUAUGGUAAAAUAAUUUCUAAGGUUUUACGUACGUUUUACGUACGCAUAUAAAAUUUGUGUACAUAUUACGAUAAAUUAUUUUAAUGUAAGGAAAAGUAAUUAUAAACAAGAAUCCAAAACAUUUAAUUAUAUAGUUACUCUAAAAAUAAUAGCGACAUAAAAUCACUAGGUUUUAAAGGAUGCAUUAGAUGACAUAAUGAAACAUUAGACGAUCUACGUAUAAUAUCGUAUAAUGAAAUUUGAGAAACAUUAGAAUCGAAUAUUUUAAUCAAAUGUCUACUUAUUAUGACAGUUAAUAUAUUUUUUUUUCUUUUUGCAUUUGAAAAUAACAGUGCUUCCUUGAGCAACAAACACAUUCAGUUAAAACAGUAAUGUAACUGAACAUGUAACACAAAUUACAUUUUAAGAUAAAGAGUAAAAACGCAGAACAUCAAGAGCUGAGUUUUAUCGUCUUCUAACUAAAAAUAUGCUAUUUAUUUAAGUAAAUUAGAAAAUACAUUUGCAAAUACAAGGAAAAGAGUACAUUUUCUUGUGGCGAUGAUUAAAUGACACAGUGAAUACUGAGAUACAAAUUACUCAGUAAGUAAAUUUUGUAUGAAAGCGAACUGAGCCGUGAUCUUGUGGGCUGGAGAUAUGUCAGGUUUUCCAGAAAAAAAAAUGAAACUAAAUAACAUCAGCUUCAUUAAAAUGGAGUUUGAUUCAUCGAUAUUUGGACUAGUUACAUUAUAGAAAUUCAAUUAAUCCAGAAAAGUAAAUUCAGUUUGUAGUGCUUUUCGGCAGGCAAAAACAUUCACUUAUUUAAAAAUACAUUUCAUUGAAGUUUGAGCAAUCGAAAUUCCGUUUUCGAGAAAUAUUUCGCUGUGAAAUCAUUUUGAAAUUGUAUGUAUAAAUAUCGGAAUUAGGAAAAAAAAUCUACCACAAAUUGGGUUCUUCUGAAAUGACUUUAUAGUAAAACUGCUUUGAAGAUAUAAUACGAAAAUUACGCACUUAAAAUCAAAUUAGCAAUUUUAAUAUUUUCUAUCUGUUUCUUUUUUUUUUUUGACGAAUAAAAUAACAUAUCAGAUACCUUUAGAUGUAAUAAAUGUAAAAGAAGUUUUUUAUAAACCGAAGAUUGCUUCAAUUCGGCAUACAAGAUUUAUAUUUACUUCAUAAGCUAAAAAAGCAAUUUUUUAAAAGAAUUAAUUAAAUUAUUUUAUAUUCGUCUCGCUUUGUAAAAAAUAAGGCGAUAAUUGUUUGCAACGAAGCAAAACUUAAGAUCAACAAAUAAAGUCUUUAAGAACAAAAGACGAAAAGGAAACUAUAGCAAAAAUUUACGAUGCCAAAGAAGUUACUUAUUUUUAUUUUAAGUUCAGAGUCCUGACAUUUUUAUUAUGAAAUUGAAUAUUUAUUACUGCUUUAUUAUUCAUUUUUAUGUAUUAAAUUUUAAUAUGAUAGUAAUGCAAGAAUUUUUUAAUCGUCCCGUCAUCCAAGGUCAAGGCUUCCGAAUUUUGAAUUUAGAACAACUCAUAAGAAGGAUGUCUGUUUAAUUAUAAUUGUUCUAAUGUUUGUAUUACUUUGUACUUUGAUUCAUUUACUCUAUUUAUUAUGAUAAUCAUUUAGACUAUUGUUAUAAGUUUUGUGCCAAUUUUAAGACAUUUGUAUUUGUAAAUUCUGUAGUCUAGUUAGUGGGAGUGGCGCCUAGCAAUGAUAAUAUUUUACUUCGCUUCGGAUAAUUACUAACGUGUUCUGUGAAAUACUUUUAGUCGUUUUUUUAAACUUAGAUUAUUAAAGAGAAUACUAAAAUCAUAUUCUAGGAAACAAAGUAAUCGGUAAUAAGUAAAAAGUAAUUCAAGAGCCUUUCUGAAAAAAGCUACCACUCGCUGCAUUAAAUACAUAUACACAGGGAAUUCAAUUUAAAAGUGGACCCUUCACAGGAACAGAAAGAGUGCCUAUGUAUGAUACAUAUCUUGCCUACGGAUUAUGUUACAAAUAUCAUCCUUGUAGUUCAGUGCAUUUUUCUACUCUUAUGCAGCUUUUCUUUAUCUAUGCAGACACCCAAAGCAUAGAUAAAGAAAAGCUGCAUAAGGUGGUGGUGGGAGUGAUAUUCAUUUUCAUAUUUUUGCAAUAUGUGUGUAUUUUUAUGUAAAUAUGUCAUUUGUUUUAAGUGUUGCAAUAAAAACAUAGUCUACAGAGAUAACAUUUGGAAAGCUCUCGGACUAGAGUCUUUUUAAAUGAGUUUGUUGCUAAACCGUGCUCGGAUAUCUUCAUAAUAGAAUCCCCCAUCUAUACCUAAAAACGAAGUUCAUCUUUCUGCAGUACGUUUUGAUUGAUUUAAUUAUGGCAAAGCGCAGAAAGAGUUAGCUGCUUAAGCCUUCGUGGAGGACUUUCUAAGGGAAAAUGACUCGUAGAUACGUUACACAUGGGAAAAACCACGAAAACAUCCAUGCAGCCAGCCCGUUUGCUGGGAUUUGAAAUCCAGAACGAACUACCAGUGUUCAGCGACUUUACCGCUCGGCCGCUGGUUGGUCUUCUCUUGCAAUAAAACAGUGAAUAUUUACAUGUUAUAUUGAUAGGUUUCUAAUGCUUACAUUUGUUUCAAAGAGCUAGGAUGAGAAUAAUUGUCAUCUUGAAAUGGCUUUCUAGAAGACGUGUUCGCAGAGAACAAAAGAUACUCAAUAAACCGAAGUGUUUCAGAGCUCCAUGUCUGAUAAAAUGUACUUUUCAACCUUUCAAAUAUCUCACACCUUUCGUUUUCCUUUAGAAACUAAAAUGGAGACAUCGUCCUAAGUAAAGGUUUUGGAAAAUAAUAAUUAUAGAUGAGACAUACAACAUGAAAAGUUCAAAACCUGCACUAUUCCUAAGAAAACACCUACUGGUUCUGAAGAAUUCACCAUCUGGCAAACUGCUCUAUCAAACUGCUCAUCAAAGUGUUACGAGUAAUCACAGAACAGCUACAAACAAAAUAUGCACAAAACUAUGUAUUCUUAAUUGCGCCGUUCACUUUUAAAUUGAACACCUUGUAUACACUUGAAAAUGAAUUUUAGCAGUAAGAUUAGUUUGAUUUAUAAAAAGAGUUUAUUAAGUUUGAAUUAACUGAUUUUUAGCCUACAUUGCACAAACAUAAUUUGCUUUUAUUAAAAAUUUGAGAUCCACAGAAGUAGGUAGCAAUUUAUUAGAUAAUAUUGAUAUCUCCAAUAAUACAUAUUGAAAGAAGGAGACUUUAUUUUAACUUGACUAAAUAUUUAAUUGAAAGUUUAUCACGUGAAAGUUAAGUAAUUCGUUAUUUUACAUGUUAUUUAUGCCAAUUUUUAGGUUGAGCAAAAACAUUCAGCUGUGAUAUAACGCUCUUGUUAGAAAAAAAUGACUAUUUUGACUUGAUUUUUGAACAAUCUAUAAUUUACUCAAAAUGUAUGCUCUAGACGAUCAAAUUAUGCAGCUAAUAUUAAUAAUUUGAAUUAGUAAAAGUAGAUAAAACUGAUUUAGUGUAAACACAAGUAUCUUACGAAAUACUUAUGAAAUAUAUUGCACUUGCGAAAAAGUUUUAAAAACUUCUUCAAGAAUAUCGCUUAGGGUAUGAAUACAGUUUUAUCAAUAUUCUUGCAUUUCAUGCAAAAAUGAGUCACGGAUGCAGUUACAUGCUAGUCUUUCCAUGUUAACACAUAGCUAGUCUUCAUCACACGUGAAUCACUGUGUGCUAACGCGUACAUUUCGAAUUAUAUAUCAUUUGUGAAUCAAACAUGCUUCUUUGAUUUUCCAUGUCUUGUUCUUGCUUUCUGUCAAAAAGUGUAUGAAUUGUACUCUUUCUGCAUAAAGUGAUUCAUGUCAUAAUCAGAUUUCACGGUGCAGAGUUGCACUAGCCAAUGAUACAUUUGUACAGAGUUUGUAGAGAUUUUGAAGUAUCAUGAGACGCAAUGUACAUAUAUUUUUUGUUGGAUUUUUUGACAUACAUGACAACUAUAAGCAUUUCAGUUAUGUAGUACUGGUGAGCUCUCAUCUUGGUUUGCUUCUAAACUUGUAAGAAAUGAAAUAAAAAUGUUGUUCACAGAU